GUAUAUCAGAUGAAACCCAUUUAUCAUCCGCAAUGAAGCAUCUCACCCAAAGUUCUGUUCUUCCUGCAGAUGAAUAAUACCUCCUGGAGAAUGGGGACAAUCAAUCAGUCAGUAACCUUGGACUUCACACUUGUCGGGCUUUUCAGCCACUCGGGGUCACACUUGUUCCUCUUCUCCCUUGUGGCCAUCAUGUUCACCAUGGGCCUGCUGGGUAACAGCAUCCUGAUCUUCCUGAUCCACAUGGACUCCCGACUCCACACACCCAUGUACUUCCUGCUCAGCCAGCUCUCCCUGUUGGAUGUUGGUUUCCCCCUGGUCACCAUCCCCAAGAUGGCAGCCGACUUUCUGCAGGGAGGUGGAUCCAUCUCUUUUGGGGGUUGUGGCGCUCAGAUGUUCUUCUUGAUGCUGACGGGAGUCUCUGAGGGUGUCCUGCUGUCCCUCAUGUCCUAUGACCGCUACGUGGCCGUGUGCCACCCCCUGCAUUACCCUGUGCUCAUGAGACGCCAGGUGUGCUUGCUCAUGGUGUGCACUUCCUGGCUGUCAGGGGUGCUUGUCGCCACCAUCCAGACCUCCAUCACCUUGCACUUUCCCUUCUGUGCCUCCCGCACCGUAGAUCACUUCUUCUGUGAGCUGCCUGCCCUGCUGAAGCUCUCCUGCGAAGACACUUCUACCUAUGAGUUGGCGCUGUCCAUCUCGGGAGUGCUGAUCUUGCUGCUGCCCAUGUCGCUCAUAGGCACUUCCUACGGUCACGUGCUGGGGGCCAUCAUCCGCAUGCGCUCGGCAGAGGCCAGACACAAGGCUUUCACCACCUGUUCUUCGCACAUCACCGUGGUGGGGCUCUUCUAUGGGGCUGCCGUGUUCAUGUACAUGGUACCAGGCACCUACCACAGUCCACAGCAGGACAACGUGGUCUCCCUUUUCUACAGUCUCGUCACCCCCACGCUCAACCCUCUCAUCUACAGCCUGAGGAACCGCGAAGUACGUAUGGCUUUGGUCAAGGUCCUUGUCAGAGCUGGCUUCAGGCCAAAGAGAUGA